UAUGAUCUGUAAUUACUUUUUCACAUCAAUGACCAUCCUCAGUUUUAGUUUCUUAAAUGACAUUCUGCUUCUAAGAGAAGUGUCACUGGUAUUUGAAUUGCCAGAGGAAAAAUAUUAACAUUAAUUGAGGGCUUGCCGUACAUCAGGUGCUUUAUAGUCACAAACUCAUUGAACGCUCACAAUGAUCCUAUAUAUAGUAGCUCCUAGUGUUCCCAUUUCACAGAGGAAAACUGAGACCUGGUCACAUCCCCAUGGUUACAAACCCCAUAAGAGGGAUUAGCAGCCAGGUCUUCUAUGAAUCCAGAGGCUCUAGUCUCUUACUAUGGUUUCUCUUUGCAUUGUCCCUUUCCAUUUGAAUCAAGUGAUGAACAUAUAAGAAAGAACGGGGAUGGCUGUGGAGAGUGAAGCAACCUUUUAAUUUUGAAAAUGCGUGAAACAAACAUUCAGAAAGUAAAACCUAGUCCAAUCCUUUACUUUCCAUUCUCAUCCUAUACAAUGUAGAAACUAGAAUCUAUGGAAAUUCCCCCAUUGAGUUAAUUAUGGAACAGUGCCUAAUGUGUUCCGAUAGAAAGCUCCUCCGUUUGGGCUAUCCAGGAUUUAUGGUGGAGUUUAAAUCAUUAAAUAACCAUAGUUAACCCUCGUUUGGUUAAGAGAGCAAGCAAUUAUUGAAAAAAAUUUUCCUCUUUUCUCCCUUUCACAAACAGCACAAAGAUUAUUCUGAAGAGAUUUACACAAUACGUCAACAUCUGUGCUGUACCUAGAGUUGUUAAAAUAAUUGUGAUGACAGGUGUCUAGGUACCACUUUCUUAAUGGUUUUCAAUAUCCACUGAUUUACUGUUGUGGCUUUCCCUCCCCCCUUUCACAUCCCUGGCUUUAUGAAGGAGCUGAGGAACAGAUUUUGCACUAGAGGCUGAUUAUUCCAGUGCUGAAAAGAACUAAUAAAAAUAAUCACUUGGCUUUUAAGCAGAAAGCUUCCAUUUACAGUAUUUCACCCUCCCCCCUCCAAGCCCCUUGUUAUCUAACAUAAUGGUUAGAAUACAUUUCCGUCUCUCUCCUUAAUAAUUUCAUGCAUUAACAUCCUCUUCACACCACACACACACACGCAUGCACACACACCACACACACAGAGCAAAAGGAAAAACGCGGCAGCAGAAAUCUCAGCUGUACUUCUACCCCUUUUAAAAAGUUUGCUCUGUAAACUGGAAUGAGGUCAGAUUUGCAGCUUCUCAUUGCACGCGGAGAUUAUUAUUGCAUCGGGUUCCAAGCCAAUGGGAAGACUAGGGGAGGGGCUUGGCACGAGGAAGCGUUGGUUACAGCGGCUGAUUGGCUGCGGCCAAGACUGUGAAAGGAUAAAGAGGCGCGAGGCGGAAUUGGGGUCUGCUCUAAGCUGCAGCAAGAGAAACUGUGUGUGAGGGGAAGAGGGCUGUUUUGCUCCCGGGUCUCUAGUUCUUGCACGCUCUUUUAAGAGUCUGCACAGGAGGAACUCUGCCAUUACCGGCUUCCUUCUGCAAGAGGGGAAGAGGAAAACAUACAUUUAUUCAUGCCAGUCGGUUGCAUGAAGGCUUUCUGGCUUUAUACCUUGCAACAAAAUAACUGCACAAACUCCUUAGUGCCGAUUCCGCCCACAGAGAGUCCUGGAGCCAGAGUCCUUUUUGCUUUGCAUUGUAGGAAAGGGACUAAGUGAUAGAGACUAUGUCGCUCUCCUGAGCUCCUGAGAGCACUCGUGAACUGGAAUCAACUGCUUCAGGGAAAGGAAAAAAAAAAAAAAAAAAAGACUUACCUGGGAGGCGGCGAGAAACUUGCAUUGGAAGCUUCAGCAACCAGCACUCAAGAAACUCCUUUCCACUUUAGUCCGGUCUCCAGACUCAGCCGAGAGAGAGAGCAAACUGCAGCGCGGUGAGAGAGACAGGGAGAGAGAGACGCUCCAGCCUGGGAACUAUAACUCCUCAGCAAGAGGCAGAAUACUCCUUUCCCGCAUCUUUGGGAGACUUUUCUCGGCCAGGAGUUGAGCUGCCCGCCCGCCCGCCGCGCGCGUCCUCCCGCUCGGCGUGUGCUUGGCCCAGGGAGCCGGGAGGGCCCGGCGAUCGCGCCGCGGCCGCCGCGAGGGUGUGAGCGCGCGUGGGCGCCCGCCGAACCGGGGCCAUGGUGCAGCAAACCAACAACGCCGAGAACACGGAAGCGCUGCUGGCCGGCGAGAGCUCGGACUCGGGCGCCGGCCUCGAGCUGGGCAUCGCCUCCUCCCCCACGCCCGGCUCCACCGCCUCUACCGGCGGCAAGGCCGACGACCCGAGCUGGUGCAAGACGCCCAGCGGGCAUAUCAAGCGGCCCAUGAACGCCUUCAUGGUGUGGUCGCAGAUCGAACGGCGCAAGAUCAUGGAGCAGUCGCCCGACAUGCACAACGCCGAGAUCUCCAAGCGGCUGGGCAAACGCUGGAAGCUGCUCAAAGACAGCGACAAGAUCCCUUUCAUUCGGGAGGCGGAGCGGCUGCGCCUUAAGCACAUGGCUGACUACCCCGACUACAAGUACCGGCCCAGGAAGAAGGUGAAGUCUGGCAACGCCAACUCCAGCUCCUCGGCCGCCGCCUCCUCCAAGCCGGGGGAGAAGGGAGACAAGACGGAGGAGGAGAUGUUGGGAAGAGGAGGCAGGAGUGACCCGCGCGAGGAAAUGAACUGAGCGCCUCGUUGGAAGCCACACCAGCAAGGGCGGGGGGAGAGAAGGACAGGAGCUGGAAGGGGGAGAAAAGCGAAACUGAAAUGGAUUUAUCUGCACGUUCAGGAAAAGGUGGCGGCGUUUUCUCGGCCUGAUAGAUACAUGAAAUCAGUGAGGUGAGACUUCACAGACCUGGAGGCGUGUAGGAGAGGAGACUGAUGUGGUGGUGCACCGG